AUGCUCGCCCCGGUGUCCGUUGUGACAUUGUGACAUUGUGACAUUGUGACAUCGCUCCCGGUUCACUACUGACCUGCGAGCUGGACGAUCCUGCAGGACCCUUCAACGGGCAUCGCACCGCUUGUGUACCCUCUGCCCGCGUCAACUGAUGCUGUCCCUCCCGCCGUCAAGGUGAUCGUCACGCCCUUCAAGUGGCUGCUCGGCUUCGUCCGGACCCUGCUGGUCGUGCUGCUCAUCCUGGCGCAUUGGUUGCUCGUCGAGCUCCUCAUGACCACUCUGGUGAAUGAAAAUUCGCAUGGGACAGACAUCGAUUCAACCUGCUCACCUUGAUCUCAUCACAGCGCAUCGUCCCACCGCUGCACUCGAUCUUGACCAGGAUCCUUUCCGCGCUCAUAUGUCGCACCGUGCUCUUCCUCCUCGGACUGGCCUGGAUAUCGACCGAGACCGUUUCCCUCCGGCGUACAGGGUGCGUUCGACGACACGACUCGUAUCUUCCUCUUGCUUCUCCACUCAUGUCUGUCCCUGGCGAUUCUCAGGCGAUCCCCUCCAUCGGUACCGUUCACACCCCGCGCCGGUGACCUCAUCGUCGCCAAUUCUUCUUCUUACGUCGACGUGCUCUACCUCGCGUUCCGGUACGCCCUUUACCCGCCUCGAGCGUAUUCUUACUCUCACUGCGAUACGAUACUGACGCCGAUGAACCUCAAUGUCAGGUACAACCCUUAUUUCCUCUUGCCGUGCUCGUCCCUAGGCUCGAAAGCCUCGUCAUCUUCACCCUCACUCAUCACCUCCUACCGAGUUGUAUCCCUUACCACCGCCCUGCUAUCCAGCGGCAAGCUUCCCGAGCGCAGUGAGCGAGGCAUGACAUUGGAAGAAGCCGUCUCAAACACCAACAGGCCGCUCGUCUGGUUCCCUGAAGCGACGACGAGCAACAACCGUGCAUUGUUGAAGCUCGGUGAAUUGGUGCCGCCGAAGACGACGGGUGGGGCGACCAAGGCGUUCAGACUCUUCUUGCUUUCCUUCAAGUAGGUCAUCGCGUCUUGGUGGUGAAGAAUUGGUACGCCAAGCACUAAACCCAAGUCUCAUACUUCAUCAAGGUACCCCCUCCCUACCCGCCUAGUCCCCUCCGCGACCUACCCCAUCCCAGACUCCACUCCCCUCCCCCAUCUUUUCUCCCUGACCUCAACCCCCUUCACCACCACCCUCCACAUCCGCCGCCUCCACCCCUCCGAAUCACCUUCCCUUUCCUCCACACCAAGGAAAGAAGAAAUGGAGGUCCUCGCUGAAAUGUUGGCGAGUACGGGUAGGUGGAAGAGGGUGAAAGCGAUCGAUUGGGAGAUGAAGGACGGUUUUUUGAAACUCAAGUCAAGUUCGGUGGGGGGGAUCGGCAAGGCGAAGAAGCGAUGA